UGAACACCUCCACCACUCCUCUCAUCAGGACCUUUCUCUUCUCUUAGAAGAUUUUGGCAAAUCUGAUCCAUUUCGCGUAUGCUUGCUCGAUCUUGAGAUGCAAGUCGUUGAGGUUCCGAACGACCCUUUUAUCGAUUCUACGCGGUGGUGUGGCUGGACCAUCGAUUACUGCCGUGGCUUGCUCUGUGUUGGAAUCGCUGCUUUUCCUAGAUCCCUUUCCCUUUUAGUGUGAAAUCCAGCGACAAGAGAGGUGAGACGGGUGCUUAGUGUUGUUAAUGAUCCUGAGGAUGAGCAUUUUUGUGUAGGAUUUGGGUUCAGUCCUACUGUUCAUGGUUACAAGAUGGUGAAAAUUCGUGUUUCUGAGAUUGACCAUCUGGUUAAUCAAGUGGAAGUGUAUUCAUUAUGAUGGUUUCACUACUAAUGGAGCCAUAUUUUGGAUUGGGCUAAAGCUAGGUGUAGAGGAGGAUGAAGAUAGCAAUGGAAGUGUUUAAAUUGAUACCAGCGCCUCCUUCACCUUUUGCUGUUGGAACUACAUAUCUUACUGUACAUGAGAACACACUUGCUAUGCUUUGUGUCAUUUUGAGUGGAGACUCGAGGUCGUCUUUGAUUCAUUUGUGGGUGAUGGAGGAGAGGACAGGCGCAAAUAAGGAGGGAUGGAGUUGGACUAAGAAAUAUACUAGCAACCCUUAUCCAGACUUCUUGUUAUCUCCUAGGAUUAUAUGGAAGAAUGAAAUUGUCUGCAAUAUUCACAGAACUCUUGAUGAAGCUGAAGAUGGAGUAGAGAAUCAUGAACGAAAUAUUGUCAUGUUCAAUCUCAAAACUAAUCAAGUUAAGACGUUUGAUGUCCGCAAAUUUGCCCUUGGUUAUGGUAUUUUCAAAUAUGCCGAGAGCCUUGUGCCAAUCGGUAACAUCCACACUGAAUAGCUUUGGUCCUAUAUCUUGCUUAUUAUAUUUCAUAUCUACUUUGUUUAGGCACUUUUAGUGAAAAUGAACCUAUAACCUGUAAGAGUUUAGUUCAUUCCGUAACCAUAUCAAGCAUGAUGAAUGAUGAUUGCAGAUAUGCAAUACAAGAUAAUUGUAGCUUUAUUUGACCUA